CGGGCUAUAUUUUUGAUCCGCGCUCCCGGUCCUGCUGCAACAGAAGCAGACGGAAGGCAACUGCGGAGCGAGCGGCGGCUGUCCCACUCAGCAGCGCGGCCCAAACAUGGGCGACAUCACCGUGCCACGGCGCAUGUUCCUCUGGAGCAUGGCGGUCAUCUACCUCGCUGCAUUUGUGUCUCUCUAUAUGCAAAUACCAGGUCUCUAUGGUAACGACGGGCUGCUGCCUCCUCGUUUGGAGCAGCGAUACAGUGGUCAGUCUCUCUGGGAGCUGCUGCUGUCCUCUCCCUCCCUGCUGUGGCUGGGACCUCAGCUCGGCCUGGACACGCACACCGCGAUGGAGCUGCUGUGUCUUGUCGGCGCUGCACUGAGCCUCGCCGCCAUGCUGGUGGAGGCUCUCCGAGACAGCGUGGUGUUUUUCUGCCUUUGGGCCUUGUACCUGUCCAUCUACCAGGUGGGCCAGGUUUUUCUCUACUUCCAAUGGGACAACUUGCUUCUGGAGGUGGGGUUCCUCUGUAUCCUUGUUGCCCCACUGACCUUGAUCAGGGGGUCACGAGGGGUCAGAGAGCAUGACCGUGUGACAUUCUGGCUGCUCCGCUGGUUGCUCUUCAGGCUCAUGUUUGCCUCCGGAGUGGUGAAACUCACGUCCCGUUGUCCCACAUGGUGGGGCCUCACAGCUCUGACGUAUCACUAUGAGACUCAGUGCAUCCCCACCCAGCUGGCCUGGUAUGCUCACCAGCUGCCAGUGUGGUGGCAGAAGCUGUGUGUGGUGGGGACCUUCGUCAUUGAGAUCGCCGUGUCCCUGCUCUUCUUCAGCCCACUGCGCAGACUCCGACUCGGGGCUUUUUACCUGCAGGUGUUUCUUCAAGUGCUCAUCAUUUUGACUGGCAACUAUAAUUUCUUCAACCUGCUGACUUUGGCCCUCUGUCUGUCGCUUCUGGACGACCAGCAUGUGAACUUCUGGCGACGCAAGGCAGACGACAAGAUCGGCAACAAUGACUCCAAGCUGAGGUCCUGGCUGUUCUACCUGCUGGAGAUCACAGUCUGGUCUCUCAUGAUCUUCGGAUCAAUUGUUUUCUUCGACCUGAAGCCGGAUUCAACGAAGAACGGCAUCUCCUCGAGUACAGCAUUCACAUACCACCAGUUUCACCAGUUUCUGAAGACCGCCACUAUCCCCGCUAUCUGGAUUGGUGUCCUCUCUCUCACCUGGGAGAUGAUCACAGCCAUGUUCAGGUGUGCGUGUGUCUCCGGUUUCCUAAAGAGGUUUUGGGGAACUGUCCAGUGGACCGUGUUUGCUACUGCCGCCGCUGCUAUGUUCACUAUUAGUCUGGUGCCCUUCACCUACAUAGAGUAUGACUCCAACGCCAGGUUGUGGCCAGGAGUGCGUCGGGCCUACGACCUGGUGGAUCGCUACCAGCUGGUCGGCUCAUACGGCCUGUUCAGAAGGAUGACCGGGGUCGGUGGACGGCCAGAGGUCGUCAUCGAGGGAAGCCACGACGCAGUCUCGUGGACGGAGAUUGAGUUUAUGUAUAAGCCAGGCAACCUCAGUGCACCUCCUGCUGCAGUGACGCCGCACCAGCCCAGGUUGGACUGGCAAAUGUGGUUUGCCGCCCUCGGGGAUCAAUCACAGGCGCCAUGGUUCACCAGCCUCCUGUACAGACUGCUGCAGGGCAAACGAGAUGUGAUAGAGUUGAUCCAGACCGAUGUAUCGCAGUAUCCGUUCCACCAGCAGCCUCCGGCCUACCUCCGAGCCCACCGCUACAGAUACUGGUUCACUCAACCAAAGGCCGACGGGUCCUACCCACAGCGUUGGUGGAAGAGGGUUUAUGUUGAGGAAUUCUAUCCCACAGUGCACCUGGGCAACACCUUCUUGGAGCGCAUGCUCAGUCAGUAUGGACUCAAGGACAAAUCGCCUCCACGUCGUCCGUCCAACACCACUGUUGCCCAAGCGGUGAGGUGGGUUCGCUCUCAGGCCAGAGGUGUUCCUACUCACAAAUUUAUCUGGACACUCAUCGCCUGCAGCGCCACCCUCUGUCUGCUGCAGGGAUUGCAACACCGCAAUGACCACCCAGAAAGGACCCCACUCACUCAGGAGGCCGCUGUGAACAAAUACACUGAAAAUGUACCUGAAGGCUCUGUAGACCAUUCUGGGAAGCCGGAUAAACGGCAGACCACUGAGAAGGAGGAGGAGGAAGAAGAAGAAGAAGAAGAUGAUGAUGAUGAUCUGGAGGGCAGUGAAGAUGAGAUGGAGGGCAAACGAGAGGAGAAAGACACUGUUGCUGAUGACGAAGAGGACUAGGCAAAGGAAGAGGUGGAAGAUGCGGAGGAAGUUGAGAGGGGGAGGAGGAGGAGGAGGAGGAGGA